CACUGGUAUUCCUCCUCAAUCAUAGUGACUGGAGUGAGUGCAUGUAAAAUGGGGACACCAUCGGUACGAGUCCGUCUCGUUUUCGAAGAUCGUUCGAUUCUCACCAAAACACAACGAUCAGACGGGAUGAACAACACCUGGCUUCUUCUCAAAUUGCAGCAGCAUCCAACAAUUGCUGACGUCUGCACUCAUCUUCUCCGCAUUUUCAACCUCCGUCGUUCCUGCCCUAAUGGCAUCCUGCUCUCUAUGGAGGGAUUUGCAUUACCAUCGUUUGAGUCAACUGAAAUCUUGAAAGAUAAGGAAAUUAUAUGUGUGAAAAGGAAAGGUGGCUCAACACCAAAUGCAUGUAAUUUGCUUGACGAUGUGUUGGAAUCAGAAGAUGAUAGUUUGCUACAUUUAGGAAAGGAUAAUCGUGAUAACGGGACGAAAGAAUACCAAAGUGAAUCUGAGGAAGAACAAUCACUAGAUGAAGAACAACCUGAAGAGACCAUAUUAAAGAAAAGAAAAGCCUCCUCAAAUCUUCAGAACUUGAAUUUAAAUCGCAGAAAGAAGAAACUUUGUCUGGCAGCAUUGGGUGAUGAUGAAGAUGAGGCUGAAACAGAGGAGAUUGAAAAUAUCAGUAAAAAAAAGACUAAAAAAAUGGCUACAACUAGUAACAGAAAAGUUAAAGCUCCUUCCACUGUGAAACGGAGUGAAGAGCUUCAAGGGAAUGUUGAAGAAGUCAAUCAAGUGACUAAUGCUCCUGGCCCUAAAAAGGGCACUAGUGCAACUGCUAGACGGAGAAAGGCUAAAAGGAAGCGAGAAUUAGCUAAAAUCACAAAAAAGAAGCCAAAACAAGCCUUUUCAAAGCCUGAAAUAACUAAACCUAAAAACAAAGAGGUUGACGAUCAGCCAAAGGGACUACUAUACUGGAAACAGGCUUCUAAAACGCCUUUGCAGAAUGGGGAUAUGGGUACUGAUGUGGGUUCUGUUGUAAAUAGGCCUACGCAUAUUCGGUUUGAAUCUCUUGAUGAAGAUGAAACUGUAAAACAGACUGCAGUAUCAAUUGAAAAAAUAAACUGUAGCAGCGGCAGCAAGGAAACAGGUCAACAAUGCGGUAGAAAUGAUCACUCCAAACAAAUAAAUCAAGAGUCCUGUAAAACGUUGUUUAAAGAUUCAAAAGUACCUGUAAUCGACCCCAAUGAUUUUGACAAGCUUCCUCCUUGUUGUGAACCAAAAGAAGGUGAUGUGAUUGCAUACCGUCUUCUCGAGUUAAGUUCUUCAUGGAUCGCUGAGCUUUCAUCCUUCCGGGUUGGAAGAAUAUCGUUUUAUGAUGCUAAGGACAUUGUUCUCGUUCCUGUAACAGAAUAUCCUAUUGUUACAGAGAAGAUUAACGAAGACGGAUCCAGUGAUUCUCUUUAUGGAGAAGAUGGUACUUUAAAGAUCAACUAUUCAGCUCUUGUUGAUGUCAGGAAUGUCAAGCAAUGUGAUCCAAAUGCCAUUGAACCGCUCAGUGACGGUGUUGAUCAAACUCCCAUGAGUGAUGCUAAGGAUGCCGCAGAAAACUUGGUGUUUAACGGUAAUCACAAUAUGGAUGUCCCAAAAGACUCCAAUCCAGUAGAUGUUAACCCAUGGGACCGUACCAUCUCUAAAAACACAGUAAUUCCUGAGCCAAAUAAUCAGAGUACGAUUGGUUCUGGGAUGAAUCCAAGUGUAAAUGCUGGGGCUGGCCCAAGUACAUGUACAGGUCUAGAUGUUAAUAAAGCAGAGUCAUCUGUGGUAAAAGAAGGGCAGAAUGGCAACUCUAUUGAUCCAUGGUUAAGUGCUAACAAGCCCGGCUCAUCUCAAGAGAAUAAUUCCGGUUGGUCCAAUGUCUUGGGGCCAACCGCAAACCAUUGUGAAAAUGGAAGUUCAUGGGGAAGGCCAUGGUCUGCAUUUGUUGUCUCUAAGAGCAGUUCUGUCAUUCAACAAAACGGAGAAAAUGAGUGGCGUGUGGGAAGCUCUCGUGGAAGUUGGAAACCUAUGUGGCGUGGGGCCCCAAGAGGCAGAGGACGUGGUCGUGAGGGUAGCCGUGGCCGUGGUCGAGGGCGAAAUAGUAACUGAUGUGUUUAAUGGUUGGUUUGAGAGCUUCUUAUGUUUGUAUCAAGAUUUGGCAAAUUUUGAGGUAUGAAUCUAGGGUCCAAGAAAUCCUAUGUAUAAAAAUGGAUUUGUGGAUCAAACAUAUGCUAAAUCCUUUCGCUUCCCGAUUGGUUAA